GUGUGUGUGUGUGUGUGUGUGUGUGUGUGUGUGUGUGUGUGUGUGUGUGUGUGUGUGUGUGUGUGUGUCUGUCUGUCUGUCUGUCUGUCUGUCUGUCUGUCUGUCUGUCUGUCUGUCUGUCUGUCUGUCUGUCUGUGUGUGUGUGUGUGUGUGUGUGUGUGUGUGUGUGUGUGUGUCGGCCUGUCUCUGUGCAGGUGACCGUGACCUCGCUCAUUGGCUCGCCGCCCCCGCCUACGUCCCGCCCUCGCCUGACCUGACCUGACCUGGCUGCAUAAAAAGGCCGGGCAGGUCGCGUCGCCUCACACUCGCGCCGCCGCCAUGGCAGAUACCCUCGCCUCGCAGCCUGCCCGCCCCGCCCUGUCCUUCGGCAUCGACGCCAUCCUGGGCCUGGCGCCGCAGGUGCCCGCCGUAGGCACAGCCACCACCACCAUCUGUGAAGAAUCGCCGCCUCCCUCUCCGCCCUCCUCGCCCCCCGCUGCGUCAGUACCUGCGCCGCGCCCUGUCCCCGCCUUGCGCCCCACACACUCCUAUAGGUUCCUGCCGUACGGCGUGGGGCACAUGGGACCACGUGUGGGCGCCCCCGUCCUGCGGAGACACAAGCCCAAUCGCAAGCCGCGCACGCCCUUCACCACGCAGCAGCUGCUGUCGCUGGAGAAGAAGUUCCGGGAGAAGCAGUACCUCAGCAUCGCCGAGCGGGCCGAGUUCUCCGCCUCGCUCAGCCUCACCGAGACGCAGGUCAAGAUCUGGUUCCAGAACAGACGCGCCAAGGACAAGCGGCUCAAGGAGGCGGAGAUGGAGCGCCUCACCAGGCCACUCUUCUCGCCCUAUGCGGCGGCGGCGGCCGCGGGAGGGGGAGGCUGCCACGCUGUCGGCCUGCUGCCCCUUGUCGGCCACCUGCCCGCCCUUCCUCUGCAGCGACCCCUGGCGCCCUUCUACACCUAGGCCGGCCCCAUGCCCGCCGCCCGCCGCCGAGACACCGCCACCAGUCCCCCGGGUCCACCGCUCCCCUGGGCGGUGAAACAUUGAGCAGCACAUUGUUUGCGGGGCGUCGCGGCUCGUGUGUGGCGCCGCGCGGCCCUGUGUUCACACCCCCGCGUCCCGCCCCUCCCGGUGAUCCCUCACCUCCUCCAUGCCGCCCCAGCGCGGCGCGACACCAAAGAUGUAUGUGUGAGUGUGAGUGUGA